UUCAGAUAUACUUGCACUGCAAGAAAGGCAAGGACGAACUGUCGAUGCUAGUUGCAGCAAAAACGUCUGGGGCCACCCCUCUUGUUAUUGCAUGUCGUAACGGACAUUACGACGUUGCCGAAUACCUAAUUGACAGGUGUCAAGCUGAUAUUGAACAACCUGGAUCAGUUAUGUUCGAUGGCGAGACAAUAGAGGGCGCGCCGCCGCUGUGGUGCGCAGCAGCAGCCGGACACUUGGAGAUCGUGAAACUGCUGAUCAGCCACGGCGCCAAAGUGAACACGACGACGCGCACGAAUUCGACCCCGCUACGCGCCGCCUGUUUUGACGGCCACCUCGACAUCGUCAAGUACCUGGUGCAGCAUGGCGCCGACAUCGAGGUGGCCAACCGCCACGGGCACACCUGUCUGAUGAUUGCCUGUUACAAGGGCCACAUCAAGAUUGCCAAGUACCUCUUGUUUUUGGGCGCAAGCGUCAACAGAAAAAGCGUCAAAGGCAACACCGCGUUGCAUGACUGCGCAGAAUCCGGCAGUUUGGAGAUACUCAAGUUGCUUAUAGAGCACGGUGCCACCAUGGAUGUAGAUUCAUAUGGAAUGACUCCUCUAUUGGCAGCCGCCGUAACUGGACAUAAUCAUAUUGUAGAAUAUUUAAUUAAUUUACCGCAUCUAGUGCCAAGGGGCGAUAGAAUUGAUGCUUUAGAAUUAUUAGGAGCCACCUGUGUAGAUAAAAAACGUGAUAUGAUUGGCGCUUUAGAACUAUGGAAGAGAGCUAUGUAUGAUAGAUAUUAUGGAGCUGGUCAACCGAUUCCAAAAAAAGUUACCCAAAAAGUAGCCGCGUACGACUACACGGCCGAAAUAACGGAAAUCGAGGCGCUAGACGAUCUGAUGGCCGAUCCCGAUGAAAUGCGCAUGCAAGCGCUGGUAAUGCGCGAGCGCAUUUUGGGGCCGGCGCACCCUGACACCAGUUACUAUAUCAGGUAUAGGGGCGCUGUGUACGCGGACGCCGGCAAAUUCAAUAGAUGCAUAGAACUGUGGAACUACGCUUUGGACAUGCAACAAUCGAUGUUGGAAAGAUUGAAUCCAAUGACACAGAGCAGUCUGUUCUCCUUUACUGAAUUGUUUUCGUUUAUGAUGGGCGAGGAGGGUAAACACACGACAAGAGGGCGAUUAGUGCCGCCUGUGGAUGUCUUGGAAGUAUUAAGAGUGUUUAAGAAGGCGGUGCAGGAAGUUGAGCACGGACAAACGAUGUAUAAAGACAUGAUAUAUCUUACGAGGGUGUUGGUCGUCACGUUACAUCUAGCUUGUCUACUGACCAGACUUAUAGAGCACCACAUGCAAUCUGAAACAGUCACAAAGGAUAUCCACCAAGCCAUCUAUCACUUAGUAAACCUUAAAAUUAGAGCCCGUUACGGCAGAACCCCGCUGCACUUGGCCUGUUGCCAAGAUGUAGCCCUCUUAGGUCGUUACAAGGCCUGCCAGUUCCCCUCCCCUCACUUAGCAGAAGUGUUAUUAAAGGUGGGAGCCGAUCCCGAUAUAAAAGACGAUGACGGCAACACACCGCUCCAUCUGGCGGCGAUGGCGAAACCGUGCCCGGCCAGCGUCGCGCAGAUCCUGCUGAAUAACGGGGCCCACUUGGACGUUGUAAAUAAUAACGGCGAUACGUUUGCCAGUUUGCUGAAGGGCCAGCAGGUGCACGAGCUGGUCAAUACGGCCAAAUUCACAAGACUGAGUUGUUGCGCUGCACGAGUCAUCCAACAGUUUAAGAUACCUUAUAGAGGCGUUGUGCCAGCUGCUUUAGAAUCGUUCAUUGCGAACCACUGA